CGGCAGACGUUCAGAGCUGCAAGCGUUCGGGCCUCGGUCUAUUUCUCUAUUUCUUUGUGCUCCUGGUACCGGUGGUAACCUUCGCUAUGUUGGUGUUAUACGAGACCCCUCUUGGUUUCUGUCUGUUCAAGGUCACGGACACUGCUAAGAUUACGAGUCCAGACCUAUGGCAAGAGUUUGAGACGCCAGAGAAGGCUAACAAACUACUAAAAUUAAAAGCUCUCCACCGCUUCACGACCACCGCGACUGCCGUGGAGGAAGUCACUGCCAUCCAGGAGGGAAAGAUCGGCAAGGGCCUCAAAAAGUUUCUGACCGAAGAGGUGGUUGAGAAGGGGAAGGGCAAGGAGUCUCUAUAUGUCAUUGAAAGCAAGCUCGGGAGCUCAAUAAAGAAGAAGCUCGGCAUAACUGUCCACUCGGACAAGGACUCUCUUGACCUGUUCCGUGGUAUAAGGAGUCAGAUAGCUGCCUUGCUCGACGGAUUGGACCCCAAGGAUUUGGCUACCAUGAGUUUGGGUCUCAGUCAUUCGUUAUCACGAUUUAAGCUCAAGUUCUCGCCGGAUAAGGUCGAUACUAUGGUUGUGCAAGCUAUCGCGCUACUAGACGACCUGGACAAGGAAAUCAAUAUCUAUUCUAUGCGCGUGAAGGAAUGGUACGGCUGGCAUUUCCCAGAACUCGUCAAGAUCAUCUCCGACAACCUUGCAUACGCUAAGGUCGUCCGGGAAAUGGGCUUCCGUACAAACGCCGCAACGACGAACUUCGCCCACAUCCUACCUGAAGAUCUGGAGGCAGCUGUGAAGGCAGCAGCGGAGAUCUCCAUGGGUACCGAGAUCUCCGAUUCGGAUAUCAACCACAUACACUCGUUGUGCGACCAGGUCAUCGCUAUCACCGGUUACCGAACGCAGCUCGCCGAGUACUUGCGGAAUCGCAUGAACGCUAUUGCACCGAACUUGACGGCCUUGGUGGGCGAGCUCGUCGGAGCGAGGUUAAUCAGCCAUGCUGGUAGCUUGUUGAACUUGGCGAAACACCCUGCGAGUACCGUCCAGAUCCUUGGUGCUGAGAAGGCGCUUUUCCGAGCGCUGAAGACUAAGCAUGAUACACCGAAGUAUGGUCUCAUAUACCAUGCUUCGCUCAUUGGCCAAGCACCGCCAAAACUCAAGGGCAAAAUGGCCCGUAUGGUCGCCACGAAGGCAGCCUUGUCAAUACGUGUCGAUGCACUAACGGACACCGAUGGCAAGUCAGAACCCGAUGCACCCUCAAUAGGUCUGGAGAACCGGGCAAAGCUGGAGUCGCGGUUACGCGCCCUGGAAUAUUCGGGCGACCUCGGCGGCGUGCGGCGGUUCAACGGGGAGGGCAAGAAGCAGGCGCGCUUCGAGAUGACCGGCGAGACGAAGACGUACAACACCGCCGCGGAUGCUGUCGACCUCGUUCCCACGCAGCGUGAGCCAGCAGACGUCGCGAUGAAGGCGGCGUUGGACGUGAAGGAGGAGAAGCGGCGGGCGAAGGAGGAGAAGAAGGCGAAGAAGAAGGCGAAGGAGGAUGCUAUGGAGGUGGAUGGCGAGGACAAGGAGGAUAAGGAGAGCAAAAAGGAGAAGAAGCGGAAGCGGCGAGAGAGCGAGGCGAACGGUGCCCCUGCGGAGUCGAAGGGUGAGGAAGAGACGGAAGCUGAGCGCAAGGCUCGCAAAAAGGCUAAGAAAGCCGAAAAGGCUGCUGCUGAGGCUGCCGCCGCUGCAGGGGAAUCAGAAGAGUCAUCUAAGAAAAAGAAGAAGAAGGAGAAGAAGGGCGAAUAGUUUCCUGCGCCUGCUCUGUAUCUUUGUUAGUGUACAUCUACUAUUGGCUAUAUAAUCUGCU